AUUGCACCAGUUCAGCAGUGCAGCUGAAAAGAACAGACUAUAAGAUUUUUUUUGGAAACAAUCCUCGAAAUUAUUUUCGGAGAAUAUUAAUUUAUACUUAAUUCAUAAUUCAAAUUCUUAAUUCAUAUUUAACAAUUAGAAUGGUGUUGGGGAAAAAUUGUAAAAUUGCCUUAAACUAAUAUUGAGAGAGAGAGAGAGAGAAAUAUCAAAAUAACCUUACUCCAACUUCAUUAGUCAUGGCACUUAUAGCUGCCGAAUGUCGAUAGUCUACUAGUAGUGUUUACGUGAACUUUGAGUAUCGGUAUAAGAAAUAUAUACGUCAUUACGAUCAUUAUACGUGUGCUAAUUUUUUUCAACAUAAAUAUUUGAAACUAAACUAGAUAUCGAGAUCUAAACAAUGGCACCGGGGUAUAACAGAACAAAUAACGUUCAGCUGCAUAACGUUCCUCCCAUGUCAACAAGCAUGUCAAAUGAAUAUAAGUCUACUAUUCAGACUCCUACAACUAAUCCAUCUCCAACACCUCUAAUGCCACCUCCAUUGCCACCACGCUUUCCUGUAGAAGGUUAUAAUGCAGGAUAUAAUACAGGAUAUAAUACAGGAUAUAAUACAUACAGACCAUUUGGCCUUAAUUAUUUAAACAAUGGAUAUGGAGGCAUAGGCAAUUACAGAAAUUAUAGUGGAUACAAUUAUCCUGGCAAUCAGGUUUUUUAUCAUGAUAUGCCCAUGCAUAAUAACCAUGGGCUAUUUGGAUAUGGAAAUGUUGUAAAUAGCUUUCAGCAAUAUGUCGAAGAAACUACGAGACCAGUUGUUAAUGUAGUAGAAUCUGUGUUAAAUACAUUCGCAUCUAUCACAGCAAUAGCAGAAUCAACACACUAUGGCCUAUUAAAUUCGUUUCGAGCAUAUGAAUCUUUAGUAGAUAAUGCUGGCAGAAUGCGAUCAACAUUCGGACAACUGUUAAGCACAUUCAGUUUAAUUCGACUACUAAAAUGGAUUUAUAACAAACUUCUAGCCUUGUUUGGUCGAGAAAAGCAAGACACUCUAGAUGAAAUUUUGUGGCAAAAUUCUAUAUCAAAAAUAAAUGAAGGAAAAGGAUAUACAACUAUUCUCACAUGGCAUACAAGUUUUCUAUUUGUCAUCAUUUUUGCCAUCAUUCCAUAUUUAAUUCUUAAAAUUAUGAGUAAUGUAAGGCAGAUUCAAAUACAAGUUAAUAAUCCAAAAAGUUGGUUGAAGAGCCGGUAUCCUGUGCAAGUGGCACAUGCGUUAUACGAUUUCGCGUCAGUUUCUAAUGAGGAAUUGAAUUUGACAGUUGGUCAGAAGAUAUGGCUGGCACCACAAUCGUUACAAUCUAAAAACGCGGCAGGUUGGUUAAUAGCCACCGAUGGUAAAAUGGUCGGUUUAGUACCUAAUAACUAUAUACAGAUAACAGGACAGGUGAAAAAAGUAGAUUCAGUAAAUGACGAAACUGUUAUUGCGUCUCAAAAAGUUGUACAAAAUGAAAACGCUUCUAAGCAAAUAUCUGAUAAUAGCGCUUGUGAAAAUAUGGUAUCUGAAUCCACUAGUUAACAAUAUUUAAGAUGACAUACUUUCCAAAUGUACUGGGGAUAAUUUCGUUUCGGUAAACGGAUUCAGCAUUGCGUUAAUCUUGAAAGCAUAAAGCAUACUAUUUACCUUUAUAUUAUACAUAUGACUGAGAUAUUAUUAAAUAUAUAUAAAGCACAUGUAGGGAGCGAACUAUCAUUGAUAUUACAACCAAGGAGAUAAAAUAACAUGAAAAAAUAAAAAAUAUAUCGAAUAUAAUAUGUUCAAUGUUUUGUUUCUGAUAAAAUUAAUUUUGGGAAACGAAACACAUAAAGUUGUAUUUACUCUAGAUAUUAAUUAAAUUAAAUUAAUUAUAUUAAAUUGAUCAAUUCUCCUGCAAGGAAGUAUAUAUUACAUUGUAUUUAGCAAAAAUAAAAAGAAAGCUCAGGAAGCAUUUCCCAAAUACCACAAUAUAAAGAUAUUCUAUUCAAGAGUCUGCAAUUUUUUAGCAAUAUUUUCUUGCAUUUUAUUUUAUAUUAAAUAUUCAAAUGAUAUCACUAUUUUUCAUAUUAUAAAAUAUUUUACCUUUUAUUUGAUGUUUUAUAGAGUAUAAUUUUCUUAAUAUUUGUAUCUUUAGAAGAGAGAGGUAUAACUGAUAUUUUUAUUCUAGUUAAAUUAACCCUUUGCACUCGGAGACAUAUUUGCCACAUUUACGAUGUCCCCUUUGAGGGGACAUCCGAGUGCAAAGGAUUAAAAAUUAAGUAGAGCAAUAUAAUCAUAUCAGCAUAUGAAGUUAUUGGAUGUGUAAUAUAAAAAUUUUAAUUACAAUAUUUUGUGAAAAAUAAGAACUUUAAAGUUUUAACUUAUUAUUAUGAUCAGAAUUUAUAUAUGUCAGAACGUAUACUUGCAAAAUGUAAAUUUUAUAUUUUAUGUCAAUCUGUUUAUUCAUUUUUGAGGAGAAAAAUGAGAAACUUUGUUUAGUUUCUUCAUUGUCAUUGUCCAAUAAAUGUAUUAAAGUGAUUCACAUAGAAAUAUGAAAAAUUACACUAAUAUGUUGUAUAAUUUAUGAAAACUUAUACACAAUUGUGCCAUGCACUUUGCUACAUAAUACAUAGAUAAAGUAAUUGAAAAUAAAUAUCUCACAUUUGUAAA